UCUUUGAUAUAUAUGCAAAUAGUGUAAGUCCGUGUACGAUCAGGCAUGACAGGAAGAAAGUACGAUUAGUGUUAAAGAGUGUCAGCGUCGGCGAAGGCCGAAGAAAGAGAAGUGGAGGGAGAAGAGGAGAACGAAACAGAGGAGCUGGAGGAGGCUGACGCGAGGGUGUGGCCGCCCUCAGGAUGGUGCUGCCAACACUACAGCGGCGAUUACUGUUGACGAUUGUCUUCUUAUUGGUAUUGGUAAUGACACCAUGGACUCAAGGCAUUACUAUUAAAACAAAGCUCAAUCCGCAUAUUGUACAGACGAGGUACGGAAAGAUACAGGGUCUGAUCAUGUCAUUUGAAAACGAAAGAUACCUCAAACCAAUCGAUGUCUACCUCGGAGUACCUUAUGCUACACCCCCAAUCGGUGGAAAUCGAUUUUCACCGACGAGAGCGCUGAGCCCUUGGGAUGGAAAUAAAUUGGCAGAAAAGGUAGGACCGGUCUGUCCCCAAAAACUGCCAAACGUCUCUAUUGAGCAAGAAGCCCUUGAUCGUAUGCCCAAGGGAAGACUCGAGUACUUAAAGAGGAUGUUACCAAAUCUUCGUAACCAAAGUGAAGACUGUCUUUACCUUAAUAUCUACAGCCCAGCGAUGGGAACGUCAGAAGGUGGUCGUAAAUACCCAGUGCUUGUGUUCAUUCAUGGAGAAAGCUUCGACUGGGGAAGCGGUAACAUGUAUGAUGGUUCUAUUCUCGCUAGUUAUGCCGACCAAGUUGUUAUUACUCUAAAUUAUCGAUUGGGCAUACUUGGUUUUCUCAACGCCAAUGUCUCACCCCACACCAAAGCCCGGGUGGCAAAUUAUGGCCUAAUGGAUCAGAUCGCCGCGCUUCACUGGAUCCAACAAAAUAUUGAAUACUUUGGCGGUGAUCCGAGCAACGUGACUCUCAUGGGUCAAGGAACGGGUGCAGCUUGUGUCAACUUCCUUGCCAUUAGUCCUACGGUUAUGCCUGGACUAUUUAAACGAGCGAUCCUAUUAUCUGGAAGCGCUUUAUCUUCUUGGGCUGUUGUUGACAAUCCCGUUUUUUAUGCUCUGAAAUUGGCAAGAACAUUAAAUUGUUCGAUACCCGAGGACUUAUUCAAAGAUCAUGAACUUCUCGUUGAUUGCUUAAGAGAAAGCAGCCUAGAGGCUCUACUGCAAGCCGAUAUAAAACCUCCUACCUUCCUCAGUGCUUUUGGGCCAAGCGUUGAUGGAGUGGUGAUUAAGCCUAAUUUUCAAAAGGAUUUGUUAUCUUACCUCGGUCCAGAAUUCCAAGGACUUGGAAUUUUGUCAAAAAAGACUGAUCACGGUGACACCAUUACCAGUAACAAUAAGUACGAUUUGUUAUUUGGUGUAACAACGAGCGAGGCUCUUUGGCGAUUUGCAGAAAGAGAUGUUCAAAAGGGCUUCGAAGGUGAACGCAGAGAUAAAAUUAUUAGAACCUACGUGAGGAAUGCCUAUACGUAUCACCUUACAGAGAUUUUUUAUACAAUCGUUAAUGAAUACACAGAUUGGGAACGAACAGUGCAGCAUCCGGUAAACACGCGCGAUGCCUGCGUUCAAGCAUUAAGCGAUGCCCAAUUUGUUGCACCACUUGUGCAAACUGGCGAUCUCUUUACUCUGCGACACGCUAAAAAGCCAAGUACGCUACAUACGCUAUUAUCAGCUCAUGAUACGGAGAAAGAUCAAUCGCCGAGAAUCUACUUUUAUGUGUUUGAUUAUCAGACAAAGGAUGGUGAUUAUCCUCAGAAAAUGGGUUCGGUACAUGGCGAGGAAUUGCCUUUCGUCUUCGGUGCUCCAUUAGUCGAUGGAUUCGGACAUUUUCCUCGGAAUUACACAAGAGCGGAAGUUGCACUAUCGCAGAGUAUAAUUCAGUACUUUGCCAAUUUCGUAAAGACUGGUAAUCCGAAUUCAGCAGAACACUUCCAUGGGAAAGAUACACUUUUGUCUGCUAAUCGAGAAAAGAGUCGAUUUCGAAGCCUGACAUGGGAUCAAUACGAUCCUAUACAUCAAAAAUAUUUAGAAAUUGGUAUGAAACCAAAGAUGAAGAAUCACUACAGAGCACAUCAAUUGUCUGUCUGGUUAAGACUAGUGCCAGAGCUGCAUCGGGCAGGAAUGGAGGAUGUUGAACCACGGCAUAACUUGUUCAGGGGUUACGCUGAUCCGAACCUCUACGACGGCUUUGUAAGACCAGACCCCCUUAAUAGACUCUCUAGUAGCGAUUUCGAGCCCCUACAUGCCCUCAGGAACAUAACAACCGAGCCACCCACGACCACCGAUUAUACUAUCACCACUUGCGUUAGUCUCAUUCAAAGUACCAAUGUACAAAAUAUCAAUAACGCUAGCACUGAUACACUUGCUAGUCUUGACGCUGCGGGCUAUGCCGCAUACUCGACUGCCCUUAGUGUGACAAUAGCAAUUGGCUGCAGUCUACUCAUACUCAACGUCCUUAUAUUUGCGGGUGUUUAUUAUCAGAGAGAUAAGACACGGUUGGAGGUAAAAAGCAUGCAACAACAGCAAAUGAUGAAUCAACAGUGUGUCCCUAGAGGCUUUAAUGAUCUCAAACAGCCGCCACCUCCACCUUCACCGCAUACACACUUUCCUGGAGGACAAGUCAUCGUCGACGUCGAGAACGAAAUGCUUCGAAGGAAUAUCUUGAAAACCAUGCCGACAAAUGAUACGAAUAUGCUGCUGCAGCAAACCCAAGUAACACAUACACUACCGCAUCCGCACCAUUACCCGAAGCAACACCAAAUGCAACACUCAACACUGCCACGGAGUUCAGUGCUCCCAGACAUUAGUACACAACAAAGUCAAGGUCCACCCAAUGGCUCGAUCCACAUGACACUACCGCGACAAUCGCGGCUUCCGAGGGUCAAUAGUCCACCGGAGAACCAACCGCUACUUCAGAGCUGCACCCAAACGACGACGGUCUCGGGUCGCGUACAGUCGCAGUCUGGUGUCGGUGAGAUGCACGUCUGACACUUCGAAUCCCCGACUGAGCACCUUGUUACGGACCUUCAUACAGCUUCCACGCUUCUUUAAUGAAAUUCCCUCGAAAGAUAUGCGUAUGCUUGCGAGUAUGAAUUGCGUAGGAUAAUUUGUGUCUUUGAAACAUUAUAAGGCCUUUAAUAAUUAGAUGUCCAAUCGAUUCCACGC